AUGAAUAAUGACGAUCAUACUGCUUAUUGUUCCCAGGUCAACAAAUCCGAUGCUGGAUCCGAUCGGAUCUUACCGGAUCCGACCAUCCGACAAAAUCCGAUCGGAUUCCUGGAAACGGAAUUGCAUUGGAAUCCGACUAGAAAAAUCCC